UAAACAAUGGUCCUAUUAUGCGCUGGAGUGGGAAGCACCCUUGAACUUGAUCGUCAUCGUUUCAACAACAACUAAUCCCCCACAGUCCUUUCUGGUUCUUUAUUCUUCAUUGGUCGACUGCCACAGACUGCCAUCUGUUCAUAAUUUGACUCACUCAAUCGCCGCUCAUUUCUGUUAAAUUAUCGACGACUCCUCAUGGAUGCACAUGAUACUCGAAGGGAUGGAUUAGGGAACUUACUUGGUGGAAACGACGAUCCGACCUCUGGCAGCACGGGAUCAUCUGGUUCGGAAUCGGGCCCCAACGAGGACCCUUUUGGUGGAGUUGCUAGCGCUUUCAGCAGCAUGAUCGAUGGCGGGGCAGCUACCACUUCUACCUCUUCCAGCUCUUCCAUCACUACUGCCCAAAAAUCCAGUUCUAGUAGUACUUCCACUCCCUCCGCGAGUACCCCUUCGACAACAUCCUCGUCGGUGUCCACACCGAACUCCAUACCUACGCCUACACCCACACUUGUACCCAUACCCAUACCCACACCCACACCUGCAUCUUCCGCCUCUCUGAUUGUUCUUACUUCAACCUCUGGCACCAGCGUUGUCUACGUGACAAGUACCGCGUCCAGUUCAGCGUCUGCCACUGCUGCACCUCAGUCAUUCUUGCAGAACAAGCCUCUGGAGGGCGGAGUAUUUGCCUUAGUCGGAAUCGUGAUCGUGAUCAUGAUCUUUGUCGUCGUCACGUACACCAUCCGCCGCCGUCGGCGCAGUCGCCUUGAGAACGACAUCACCGAUCCUAUCACGUUUGGCCCAGUCGUGAUUGAGCACUACGGAGAUGAGGAGAAGGGAACGAACACCUUUGAAAAAUCCAGGCUUAGUGGCAGUUCCUCAGGUCAUGGCCAUGGCUUUGGGUACGGUCCCCAGCUUGCAUAUGCGCCACCGGCUGUUCCCCAGUACGGUUACUACAGCUCACAAGGAUAUGAACAGCAGGCAGCUGCUUAUUAUGUCCCUCCCACUCAAGGCUCCAUCUAUAACCUCAACGGUGCAGUUAAUGCGGGCGAUGCAGCAAAUACGAGUGGCGCAGCAAAUAUGGGUGGCGGCGUUGAUUCGGGUGGAGCGACCGAUACGGCUGGUUCAGUCAGUACGGGUGGUGCCAACCUUACUCGCAAAUAUUCAAAUCGAAAACCUGUCCCACCUCUCCUGCCAAAUCCUGUCUAUGACCCAUCUCAAUCUCCGGUCCUUCCCUCCCACUAUUACAUGCAGAAUCAGGAUGUUCCGAUCUCACCGAUUUCUCAAUCAAUGAACCUUUCUGCACCCCCUGGUGAUCUGACGACUCCUGCACCUCCUGAUGAUUUGGAGGACGAUCCUUACACAGGAAUGCUCGAGGUUGUCGAUCACUAAAUAUACCCUAGUGAUCUCGAUAUCCUUUUUUCCCGAUACCCUUCUUGGAUUUAUCCGUCCAAGUGGCAGCUGCUUUGUUGAUUUCCUGUCCAACUAUGCUCCCUUGCCUUCAGACUGUUUUGAGCAGCGCUCGUGUUUGCGUUUUUUUAUAGUUCAAUUAAUCCAUUUUGAUGUGCUGUGCUCAUCGGAUGCUGUUUUUGAUUCUGGUUGAGCUGUCAUGAUGUAUGCAUAGGGUGACUGGUCACCCAUUCUAGAGCGCCAUUCCAGAGCACCAUUUGUUGUCAUUGUAUCUGUACUUUUUUUCUUGAUGACUGCAUGA